GCAUUCCCACGUUCACAGAGGGCGCCCAUAAACCAGGACGUCGAGCAAGCACCGUUCGCAAUCCACAAAGUCCUCAGAGGGUGUGAGUAUGCCAUUUUGCUACAUGGUGGGAGCAUCGAAGACGUCAUGAAGGCUGCUGGGGAAGCUAUAGUCAUGGAACACUCUUUGGAUUAGGCUGGAUGUGGUCGGGGAACUCUGGAUGACAUUGGGCCCUACUCUUGCUUCAGUACAAUUCCACCCUCCGAGCACAUGCUGAAGCCUUGUCUCCCACAGCCUCAAAACAUCGCUGAACUAACUCGGCCAACCCCUCUCGACCAACAUUAUGGCAUCAACGGUGAAGGCCGUCCAGACCUUCGGCAAAAAGAAGACCGCGACCGCGGUCGCCCACGCCAAGGAGGGCCGUGGCCUCGUCCACAUCAACGGCUCCCCCAUCGACCUCGUUCAGCCUGAGAUCCUUCGCUUCAAGAUCUAUGAGCCCAUUCUGGUUGCCGGCGAAGAUGCUUUUGCUGCAGUCGACGUCCGUGUCCGUGUCAAGGGUGGUGGACACACUUCCCAGGUUUAUGCCAUUCGCCAGGCGGUUGCCAAGGCAGUUGUUGCCUACUACGCCAAGUACAUUGACGCGUAUAGCGCAAUGGAGCUGAAGAAGAAGCUCGUCGCCUACGACAGAUCACUUCUCAUUGCGGACCCAAGGCGAGCGGAGCCCAAGAAGUUCGGUGGUCGUGGAGCUCGUGCUCGCCGCCAGAAGAGUUACCGGUGA